AUGUCAUCUCCACAGCCUGAGCUGCAAUCGCGUGUCGCCGACAUCGACGAACUUGCAUCCGAUAUCAACCGGAUGGUUUCUGCCUUCUUACAAACAAGCAGUCGUGGCCCUCCUCGGUUCGGGGUGACACCACUCGACCAUGUCGCUGCCCGACUCAACGACACGAUCGUUCACGUUUCCCUUCUGCAUAAUCAAUCAUCUCACAUCAACCAGCUGCCCGUCGAGAUCCUUCGGGCUAUCUUCAUGCACCUCAUCCCCGACCAUCUAGACCGCUCGCACGCACCGCGGCCGAACGUCACUAUGUGCGCCGUCCAAAGGGUCUGCCGAUGGUGGAGAGCUGUCAUCUUCGAGGACCCUAGUUUCUGGUCGAAUAUCGAAGUCCGGGGCAAGCUCACUCCCUCGGCCUUUCAAACGCUAAUUGGGCGCAGGCAAGCGCCUCAGCUCCGCGAUCUAUGCUGCAUCGGCAAUCCUCUUCACGCCACCAACAAGUUCCAGAACCUUACCCGUCUGUUCCUGUGGAUGGCCUAUCCCGACGUCCCUGUAGUUAGCUCCGCAACGCUCGACUUUUUGGAGGGCUCUCCCAGCCUUGAAGAGCUGGCUUUGCAUCAUACUGGACCGCAUUUCGUGGAGGAUCUACACACCUUCGCCGACCGACGUGUGUCGAUGCCACGGCUCAAGAAGAUCACUCUGCUGCAAUCCUGUUUUGAGAACACGGCGCAACUCUUCCGCAAUAUCGUCCCAGCUCAACACGCAGUGAUCCAAGUCGACCAGAACUGGGCACAUAUCUUGCCCCACAUCUUCCUCCGCAUAUUCACGAAGGACGCUGGUUUUCUGCAGAACGUCACCAACGUGACUGACCUCUCCGUCUGGGCUGGCAGUCAACUGUGUUUCAAAUGCGUCUCGGCCACGGGAUCACUCACAUUCAACCUCGAGUUGAAGGAGAAGAAAGAGAAGAAACCGGUCUUGCCUGACGGCCGCCGCAUCCCGCACUGGCACCAUCACCUCUCCGUACCUUUUAUAGAGAUGCUGCCACGAACAUUCAACUUGGAGCACGUCGACACUUUCAAGAUCGACGCCGACGUAUGUGCAGGGUUGCCGUCGCUAACGGUUCUAGCUCUCUUCCAUUCUAUGCCCGCCGUCCAGUCGUGCGCGAUUCGGCUCCAUUCGCACCUUCCGUUGAAGUCCUGGAGCAAGACUCUGUCGAAGAAGUCCGUUACGUUCCCUGCCUUGGCGUCCCUCGAGUACGUCGGCACCUUCCCCGAGACCGAGCGACUCAAGCUCUUCGAUGUGGCCAUCCGCCGAGCGCGACGUGGCUCCCCAUUGCGCGAGCUCAAGUUGACUAACAUCCCUGCCCAAUGGGCGGAUCUUAGCGAAUGCACUCGCGUUGAUGUAGAAUCCGUCAAGGUCGGUAGUCACCGCCUUCUGGACUUCGUCGAUUCUGUACAGGUGAGAGCUGCUGAAGAGUCCCCCAUGGCGCCACCGAUGUUCACGCACUGGGACGGUAACAUCUGA